AUGGCGCAACUUGAACCUCAAUACGCGGCGGAGGUUGAAGAUAUUAUUACGUCACCGCCGGAGGAGGACAAAUAUGGAAAGCUCAAGACGGAGCUGAUUAAGCGCCUUUCUGCGUCGCGGGAGAGGAAGGGUUUUAAGUACUGCCUCACCGCCAUUGACCGUUUUACGAGGUGGCCUGAGGCAAUCCCAAUACAGGACAUGACCGCCGAUACCGUCGCACAGGCUCUGCUACAUGGCUGGAUAGCUCGCUUCGGGUGCCCGGUGAGUAUCGUCACGGACAGAGGUCGCCAGUUCGAGUCUGCACUUUUUAAGAAGCUCUCCGAGCUGGCAGGGUUUGUACAUAAGCGUACCACAGCGUAUCAUCCUGCGUGUAAUGGCAUCGUGGAGCGUCUGCACCGCCAGCUAAAGGCCGCCAUUACGUGUCACGCCGGCAGCACAUGGGUUGAAUCACUCCCACUGGUGUUGUUAGGCGUAAGGAACGCCUUCAAAGAAGACCUCCAAGCCUCCUCUGCGGAGCUCGUCUACGGACAGCCCCUGCGAAUGCCUGGUGAAUUUUUCAACCCAGGUGCUGAUCCAUUUCCUGAUGUGACGGACUACUUGUCUCGGCUUCGCACGUUCACAAAGAACUUGCGCCCGACACCAGCUUCCCGUCACGUGAGUCAGCGUCGUACAUUUAUUUUCAACGACCUAGCAACGUCUUCUCAUGUAUUUCUCAGAGACGAUACUCUGUUCAAGUCGUUGAAGCCAGCUUACACGGGCCCCUAUAAGGUCCUUCAGAGAGGUCCAAAGGUAUUCACUCUGCUCAUAAAUGUGUUCGAGAAAUGGGCGUUAAGACUAUCUAGGGAGAAAGUUGAUGGAUCGAAACUGUUCGUGGAAUUGCCAACACCCAAAGACUUUAAAAAUUUCCAAGUGUCCUACGGAUUCAGGCACGGAAAGUCUACUGAAGACGCAGUAACUGAUCUCACAUCGCUUAUAGUAGAUAAUCUUGAUAAUAACAACAAGUGCUUGGCAGUCUUCCUAGACCUUAAGAAGGCUUUCGACACCGUCUCUGUCCCUAUUCUUCUACAAAAACUUGAGAAAAUUGGUGUAAGAGGCUCUGAAGUGUCAUAA